GAUUACUCUUCCCUUUAUCCUCGAAAACACUGGUCACUUCAGGAAGCUGCCCCAUUCUUAUUUCUCCACUUCUUGCUCACCGCCCCUCUCUUUAAAUUUCGAUAUUUAAGCAAGCUGAAACUUUUCCUCACUUUGCCUCUUCCCUCUUGUCUUUGUAGAUCAGCAUCUCUCAUCCCUCGCUCUUGUAGAUAAAUCCUCCAAACCUCUUUCCAUCCCCUCCUCCUUUAUUGCUAGAAUGGCAAAGACCAUCGACCUCGAAAAGUGCGCCCCAAGUACUUCCAGCACUUCCUCCUCUGUCCAUAUCCCUACGGAUGCUGGCCACAGUGUUCCAUUUAUUCCUGCGUCUUUGACCGUCUCCAAUCUUCAGUACGAGAUCACAGUCAAGGAUAAGGCCAAUGAUAGUCAGAAGUCCUCCAUCUUUAAGAAGACUCCCAACGUCCAGCGAGCAUUGCUUUCCAACAUCACUACCAAGGCUACUCCUGGCCGUGUCCUCGCCAUCAUGGGACCCAGUGGAUCAGGAAAGACAACACUCUUGGAUCUCCUUGCUGAUCGCCAGGCACGCAAUGUCGGUAAACUUCAGGGCGAGAUCCUGUUAAACGAUGUUCCUAUCAAGGAGUACGGCUCUAUCCGCAAGCGUCUUGUCGGAUAUGUGACCCAAGAAGAUGAUUUCAUUGAGACCCUCACUGUUCUUGAGACCCUAACCUUCGCUGCCAAGAUGCGCCUCCCUCGAUCCAUGAGCAACAAGGACAAGCUGGCAAGGGUCGAUGCGGUCAUGCAGGAACUCAACCUUACCCAUAUCAAGGACACCAAAGUCGGAGGUGCCGUCAUCCGUGGCAUCUCUGGCGGUGAAAAGCGUCGCGUUACCAUCGGUAUCGAGCUCCUGUCCAGCCCUAGCGUCUUGCUUCUGGACGAGCCUACCUCUGGUCUCUCAUCGACCGAUGCCCUGAAUGUCGCCAAUGCUAUCAAAGAGCUCGCACACAGGGGCCGCACCGUCAUCUUGACAGUCCACCAGCCUCGCUCAGAUAUCUAUGAGCUGUUUGAUGAUCUGCUGCUGCUGUCGCAAGGGAAGGUCGUCUAUUUCGGUCAAGCCCAAACCGCAGCUGCAUACUUUGAAGGGCUUGGCCACGAGUGCCCCGUUGGUUGGAACGUCGCCGACUACUUCUUGGAUUUGAUUACCCUGCACCAGGAGAAGACCGAGUCCACUGAAGAAGGCACAACCAACCGCGAGGACUUUGCCCAAAAAUAUGCCUCCUACAUUACCACAAACCCAGACGCCUACCUGACUCAGGUCCUUAAACAGCAUCAAAACAACACCGAGAAAAUCGAACGCGACGCACUUUUGAGCGAGUUCAAAAAGCAAUACACGACACAGUACGCCGCCACAAGCCUGACUCAGACCCUGCUGCUAACCCAGCGCAGCUUGACCAAUCUAGCCCGCCACCCGACCAUCUUCCAGGCAUCGGCUGUGAUCCACAUCAUCUUUGCGCUCGUUAUUGGAUCCCUGUUCUCGGGAUUGAAGGACCGUCCAGAGAUGGGCGCCACCAGCUUCAACAAGUCGAUUGCGCUGUUCUUUAUUACCUCCUUCCUCGCCACCAUGACCUUCUCGGCCAUGCCUCAGUUUAUCAUCGAACGUAGCCUCUUCCUUCGCGAGCGUGCAGCGGGUAUGUACCGCACGUCCUCCUACUUUAUGGCCAAGACCAUCGUCGAGACCCUCUCCUACACGAUCCUUUCGGUCAUCUUUGUCGUCAUCACCUACUACCUGAUCGGCCUGCACGGCUCUUUGAUCUAUUACUUUGUGUCUGUUGCCGUCUUUGUGAACGUCGCCCUCUCGCUCAUUGCCGCCAUCGGUGCCGGUGCCGAGAACGCCGAGGUUGGCAUGAAUCUUUUAUCCUUAAUCAACACGAUGGCCAUGCUCUUCUCAGGCUUCAUUGUCAGCAGGACAGACAUCCCCCGCGGAUGGAUCUGGGCCUUCUGGGCGUCUUAUUACCAAUGGGCAUUCUCUGGAUUGCUUGGAAACGAGUUCUCGGAUGGGUCUGACAAGGGCACGGCGACGCUGGCGUACUUUGGAAUGGACCAUAUCGAGUGGUUGACAAAGUGGCGCGCAGUCUUGAUCCUGUUGGGAUACUAUAUCUUUUUCAGGAUCAUUGGGCUCUUGCUUCUCUUGGCCAAGAAGGCGUAAAAAAAAAAAAAAAAAAAAAAA